ACACUUUCACUGUUGGGGAGAUUAACUUACUAUUAAGUCUGAGAUUUACAUGAAAACACAAAGAGUUGAUUCAAAUCUUGUAAUUUGUCUUUCAUUUGUCUUUUAUCACAGAUUUAUUGAACAUAAAUUCCCGUAUACCUGUCCAAAAGUUACCUGAACAGAUUGUGGGUCACGCUGCCGCUUAGUGGUGAGAUUGGGUACUGCCUGAUGACGCUCCCACACUGCGCUAGUUACGUACAGCGCCGUUGCUGGUUAUGCAGCUCUCCGUGGCGACGUAAACACGUGCACUUCGCUGCUUCCAGGUUACAGUUUUUUCAUUCCACCGUCAUCCUCGCGCUCCAGCAUCACUCCCUGACAACAGCAGCGAUGGCGGAGCCCGUAGCAUCGGAUGCGGCAGCAGCGGCAGCAUCCCCGAGCCCGGGCCUCUCUCCCGCAGCCAGCCCGGGCUCAGAGCCUCCAUCCAUGGCUCUCUCUCCCACAGCGGAUGGCUCCCAGCGGCUACUUUUCUCUCACGACCUGGUCUCCGGGCGGUAUCGAGGCUCAGUUCGGUUUGGCCUCGUACGGAUGAUCCAUGGUGAGGAGGAUUUUAACUCAGACUCGGACCUCGACGAUGGCGGAGGGAGACGCGGCGGUGGUGGUGGUGGUGGUGGAGGAGGAGGAGGAGGAGGCGGUGGCGGUGGUGGACGAAACCCGUGUGGUUCGGACACUGAGAGCGCUGUGGACACCCCGAGUCGGCCUCUCGGUAGGGGAUUUGUCCGCGUCCAGUGGUACCCUGAAGGAGGAAAGCAGGACAUCAGGGAGACAAAGCUGAAACUUGAAGAUCGAUCUAUUGUCAUCAGAGACAUUGUGCGACGGAACAAUUCAAAUGACAACCAGUGCGGUAUUGUGACCAACAUUGACAUCGAGUGUGCAGUGAAACUCGUGGGAACAAACUGUGUUUUGUAUCCAGUUAACAGCAAAGACCUGCAGCACAUCUGGUCUUUUAUGUACGGCGACUACAUUGCCUAUGACUUCUGGCUGGGGAAAGUGUACGACCUGACUAAUCACAUCAUCCUCAAGCUCUCCAAUGGAGCCAGGUGCUCCAUGAGUGUGGAAGACGGUGCCAAGCUUUACGACGUCUGUCCACAUGUCAGUGAUUCGGGUCUGUUCUUCGACGAGGCGUAUGGUUUCUACCCAGGGCAGGUCCUGAUUGGUCCGGCCAAAGUCUUCUCUAAUGUACAGUGGCUGUCAGGGGUCAAACCUGUCCUCAGUAGGAAGUGCAAGUUCAGGGUUGUGGUAGAAGAGGUAAAGGUGGUUGAACUGAAAGUGACGUGGAUCACCAAGAGCUACUCCCCAAAAGGCUCCGAUAGCGUCUAUCCACCUUCCUCCACCAUCACACAGGAGAAUCUCUGCCGGGUGAGACGUCUGGGCUACUACGACCACACCCAGAGGCAGCUGGGAGAGAGAGCCCUCUACGUCUUUCCUGCAAAGGGAGAUGCCACACGCAUCACCUGUGAAGGACCCGAGGGUGCAGCUGUCCUACCAGAAGACCCUGUGGCCAGAAAGCUGAAAAGGAUGUUCAGAAAGGAUCUGGGGAAGAAGACGGAGAACACCGACACACAAGGUGAACACAAAUCAGAGCAGACAGACUCAUCUCACUCCAACAACAACGGCCCUGUGGUUCCCAUCCAGAACCCCCCAGACUCCCAGAGCACCAACGACACCUUGACUGAACAUGGGGAGCAGGACGCUGACGACGAGGCUGCAGAAGACACUGACGACACCAGCUCUCUGACGUCAUCGGCAAGCUCCACAGCUUCCUCUCAGAGCGGUGGUCUGGGAACAAACCGUAAGAAGAGCAUCCCGCUCUCCAUCCGCAACCUGAAGAGGAAGCACAAGAAGAAGAGGACCAAGUUCUCCCGCGAGUUCAAGCCCGGAGACCGAGUGGCAGUGGAAGUUGUAUCCACAAAGACCACGGCUGAUGUGAUGUGGAAGGACGGGCGGGUGGAGAAGGGGAUCCGAUCAAACGACCUCAUCCCCAUCCAGCACCUCGACAGCCACGAAUUUUGUCCCGGGGACUUUGUAGUAGACAAACGACCCCAAGCCCUCCAGGACCCAGGGGUGUAUGGUGUCAUCCAGUCUGGUGAUCACAAGGGCAGAACAUGUGUCGUCAAGUGGAUCAAACUCAACUCCUCAAGUGAUGACGUGGAGGUUAUCGGUAUGGAGGAGGAUGUCAGCGUCUACGACAUUGCGGAUCACCCAGAUUUUCACUUCCGCACCACUGACAUCGUCAUCAGGAUAUGGAACUCAGAGAACGGACAGAACGACUGCGAAAAUGAGACUUCAGUAGGACAGGUGUCCAGGGUGGAUGUGAGCAGCAAAGUAGAGGUGGUGUGGGCAGACAACUCUAUGACCAUCGUCCUGCCACAGCACCUCUACAACGUGGAAUCUGAGAUCGAGGAGACGGACUACGACUCCGUGGAGGAGACCAGCAGCGUCCUGUCCACCGAGGAGUGGGAGGAUGAGAGCGACAGCUGGGAGACGGAUAACGGCCUCACCACUGAGGACGAUAGCCACGUCAACAAUGCGGAUGUCACCGACACUGCGACCCCGACCCCCACACCCACUGGCUCCACGACCUUCAUCAUCCCCCCACAGGAGGGUAGUAAAGCCGGGGUCACCAGCCCCACUAAAGGAGUCCCUGGAGAGGAGGGAGAAGCAUCUGUGGCUGUAGCCAGUCCUGCCUCUGGAGGAGGAACCACUCCAGGAGGCGCAGUCAACGGAGCGGAGAAGACCAGUAAAGAUGGUGCCUCUCGGGGCUUCAGGGAGUUGAAGGAGGCCUUGAAGAUCCUGGAGAGCCUGAAGAACAUGACUGUGGAGCAGCUGUGGACUGGCGGCUCUCCAACCUCUCCAACCUCUGCUGAACCAGCUUCCACAACUAAUGUAGCGAGUUCAGUGACGCCCACAGCCCCUGAGAAACCCACCAAGGAGAAACGCUUCCUGGAUGACAUCAAGAAGCUGCAGGAGAACCUGAGAAAGACGCUGGAUAAUGUGGCCAUCGUGGAGGAGGAGAAGAUGGAGGCUGUGGUGGAGGCAGGAGGGAGUGGAGGAGCAGGGACAGAGGCGGAGAGAGCUGGAGAGGAAAAGCCCCAACAGGAGCCCCAGACUCCGGUUGGUGGACAAGAGUGGCCCAGUGAGUUUCUCAGUGACACACCAGUACUGUGCCAACAGAGUGGUGGCAAGCCUGGCGUCACCUUCACCAGUGCCAAGGGAGAGGUGUUCUCCGUGCUGGAGUGGGCACCAGACACACACUCAUUCAAGAAAAUGGAGUUUCAGCCGGCAGAGGCAAAGAAGUUCUUCAGCACAGUGAGGAAGGAAAUGGCUCUUCUAGCAACGUCACUGCCAGACGGCAUCAUGGUCAAAACAUUUGAAGAUCGCAUGGACCUGUUCUCCGCUCUGAUCAAAGGGCCGACUCGUACGCCCUAUGAGGACGGUCUGUUCCUGUUUGACAUCCAGCUACCCAACAUCUACCCAGCUGUACCGCCGCUGUUUCGCUACCUGUCUCAGUGCAGCGGCCGCCUCAAUCCCAACCUCUAUGACAACGGCAAAGUCUGCGUCAGUCUACUGGGCACCUGGAUUGGCAAAGGCACUGAGAGGUGGACCAGCAAGUCCAGUCUGCUGCAAGUCCUCAUCUCCAUACAAGGCCUUAUCCUCGUCAACGAGCCUUACUAUAACGAGGCUGGUUUCGACAGUGACCGAGGCCUUCAGGAAGGAUACGAGAACAGCCGCUGUUACAAUGAGAUGGCCUUGAUCAAAAUGGUCCAGUCUAUGACACAGCUUCUGCAGAAUCCUGUGGAGGUCUUCAAACAGGAGAUCCAGGAGCACUUUGUCUCUAAUGGCUGGCGGCUCGUCCACCGUCUGGAGGCGUGGCUUGAGCUGCACGACGCUGCAGAGAGGGGCCAGGCAGCACACAUGUCCUGCAGGGCUGCACACUCAAAAGACCGACCUUCAUCAGCAGAGCCUCUGGAUGAGCAGCUGCCCCUGGGAUCAGGCCCCGUGGUGGUGGCCCACAGUAGCCCCAGUAAGCCUGGGGAGGAGGGGGUCCCAGGAGCAGGAGUUACCAGUAUUAUGGAGGAGGAGCUGGAGGAUUCAGGGCUGAGUCCCUCCACUACAGCGGCCUCUCAGCAGGAGCUGAGCCAGAACUCAGACUGUGACAGCAGCCAGGGGAACACCUCUCUGGGUGGGGAAAACAGGCCUGGUUCUACAGUCCCUGGCUCUGUAGUCCGCGGCGGGACGUCAGAAUCAGGUUCUGCCUCGGUUAGCGGAGGAGGGGUGGCCUCCGCAGGAAGCCAGCCAGUGGUGCGACCAAAGAAACGGAGAAAGAGCUACCGGAGUUUCCUCCCAGAGGGCAGCGGCUACCCAGACAUCGGCUUUCCGCUCUUCCCGCUCUCCAAGGGUUUUGUGAAGAGCGUCCGAGGUGUGCUGUUGCAGUACCGAGCUGCACUGGCCACCGCUGGCAUGCCUGAGCACACAGAGGACAAGUAAGUGCCUCCUCACCAUUCCCCGACACUCCUCUGCACUGCUUCCUGCUCUCUUCCUCCGUCUCUUCUACCUUUUCAUCUGCCUCAAGCUGUAGAGGAGGAUCCAUUACUUGUCUUGGGGAGGGGGCUACAAUUUUCAAUCUUCUGUACUACUGUUCAGAGCUGCACUGUGCCCCCAGCACUGCCCACAUUUUUGUCCUUUACCUCCAUCUCUAAGUCUGUACUGCUCCUGCUGCCCCAAACUCCACAAUGUUCUGCCUUUUUUUUUUCCCAUAAUCCCUCUCGAUCAAGCCACUACUGCAGGAGAACUGCAUCUUUGAUCAGGACAGUGAGCGAGUUCUGAUUUAGAUGCAACUUGAUAAUGUCUUUGUUUUCCUUCAGUGUCCCUGCAGAUGAGUGUGAUGGAUAAAGAGGGGUGGAGCUCACAUGCGAUCGCCCAGUUACACAAACCUAGGGGAGCGACCCCGUCACAGAGAAACCCUCAUCUUUUCAUGGACACAGGUAAAAACACGGAGCUUUUACUGGAGGCAAAGAUUCUCUCUCAGCCUCGAAGACAUGGACGUUGACUUCAGUGGCAGUGGUGUGGAUGCAAAAAGGACUAAAUGAGAUGAAAAAUCAGUGCCAUGAACCCUCUUCCCAUCCCCCUCAUCCACCUAGCCUCCAGCAAGCAUCCACCAUAUGGGUGGGGACUUGCUGGAUAACCACUCUGCCAUGUCAAUCAGCUGGAAAAAUGUAAAGCAGACUGGCGAUUGGCUGGGUUCCACUGAAAAACUGCAAAUCCCAGCUCUCCUGGCUGUUGGGCUAACUGCGGCUAUCUGUAGCACUACUGAUAUUAUCGCUGUAUCAUCCUGCACUACAACAAACGAAUGGACAAUCUGGUCUGGGAGAGGUGACGUAUAAAUACACUGACCAGGAGGAUUCUUUUUUAAGUAGAAGUCACUGGUUGUACGCUUUCUGCCAAAUUUCUCUCUAUUCACAAACGCACUCUCACACACACACACGCACACACACACACACACAUACACCCACAAAUAUUCAAGUAGAACGUACUGAAUGUCAGUAAAACUGCCAACCACAACAGCUUCACCACUUUGUCCACUAUACUUGCUGGUAUUUUCCUUCGCCAAUCACUCGCACUGAACCACGCAGCGAACAUCGAGUGACAAAGUUUACAUACGAAUCACCUCUGGAGGUCAGACUGCUGUAGCUGUUUGGUGUGUAGAGAAGCCAGCCAGGAACAGGACGACAGAUAGGUGGCUGUAUGCGAAGGAGUUUGUGCUCUAGUCAAAGCUUAACACAGCUGCCGCCUCUACAUACAAAAGUUCCAUUCACUUUCUGUAGAAUUUAGCAAAGGUGAUCACUAGAAAUGGAACUUGUGCUUCGGUGUGUUUAAGGUUGUUACACUCACAGAGGCAGGACUGUCUCAGAGUGGAGCUUUACCCAUGAUGUUCCACUUUUCUGUGACAGAGGUGAACCCACAUCACUGCAAAUGACACAAGUUAAAGAAUAAAUAGAGGAAAAAAAAAACAUACAGCAUCCAUUCCGUCAUCUCAUGUCAACAUGUUGCCUUACUUGAAUUGUUCUUAAUGAUCUCAGACCAUUGUGUUCAGAGCUGCUUGUGUCAUGCUUUAGACAUUAACCUACACAGACCUAGACACAAACUUAAAACCACUAAAACCCUGUUUGAGUGUUUUCCUCCUUUAAAAGUGCAGAUUUCUGAUAAGCUUCCCCCUUUUAUCAGUUCUUAAACAUUAGUCUGUUACUCUGCGGCCAUUGCUGUAUUCUAAGUUUCCUCUCCAAAUUGCAUGUGCAGAGUUUAAUGACAUCAGAAUACAAACUGCAGUAAGUGUGAUGCUGAAGGUUUGUUGAUAUUAUAAUGAAUCUGCUUGAUUAUUAUUUUCUGUUAUUCCAUGUUCUGUUAUUCCUGACUUGAGCGUCUUAUCCCACGAAAGUUACCGCAGGACCCCACUGACGAGAGGAAAUUACACAAAUUACAGCACGCAGGCAAAACUUUAGCCAAUCUGACUGUUGUCUGUGAUAUUCUUUUUUCUCUAUAUAUAUUGCAUACAUCACAUCUGGAUGAAAAAAUAAGGGUUUUAUUUAAGUUAACACAAAACUCUUGCUUUACCACAGAUUGUGCUGUAAUUUACUGUGAAACAAGUGAAACUCACCUUUGGGUCUAUUCGUGCUUCCUGGGGAAACCAGAACAGUCUUUGUUUACAUCUAUUUAAAUAACUGCAUCCCACCUCUAACAUAAUGUUCUUUUUUUCCUUUCAGGAAAUUAUGAUUCUUAUUGUGAUUCUUAUUGUUAUUAUUAUUAUUAUUAUUAUAAUACAGGUCAGACAAACCCCUUGUGCUUGCUAUAAUCUGUGAAGUAGGAGAGCCUUGGCUGUCUGGUAUUUUACUUGAACAAAGAACCUUGAUGCUGAAGAGUGUUUCUGAAUGAGAGGGCACACAGUGCCAUUGUGAAACUAUGAGUGAUAGGAGAGGAUAAAAACCAUGAGCCAAGAGUUGCUGCGUUUAAAAAUAAAUAAUUUAAAAAAAAGAUUUAAAAAAAAAAAAAAAAAAGAAGAGAAACACUUGAGGAUAAAAGAGGUGAAUGAGGGUUAUUUUGUUUUGCUUUGUCUUCCAUUUCUUUUCUCCUUUCUACUCUUAAAAUUGGUAUUCCUGUAUCAGAUGUGGCAAUCAGGCAUCCAUGACAUUUUGUCCUCUUCCUAGAUUUUACUUCACCAUUGUCAUUAUUUUGCUGCCUUUAAUGCUACAGAUGGAGGAUGUGUUGUCCUCUUGACUGGCUGCUGUAGCAUGUAGCCUUGUUUGCUUUACUGUCUCUGUCCCCACACACACACGCUGCUGUUUGUAAAAUCUCACCUUCACAGUUCUUGGAGGAGUGUGUUUUCAAUGCUAAGAGCUCAGCCUGAAGAAAAGUAAAAAGUAAAAACCGUGGUUAUGGUGUUUCUGAAAGGUCAAACACACAGCUCCACCAAGAAUUUAAAGGUGACAUUAUUGUUCAGCCUUUCAUCGUCUUUCUCAUUUGUCAACUAUCGCAGAAACAGAAAAUGUGAAACUAUCUCGCAAGAUCUCGAAGCAAAAAUCCAGCAGGAUAUCAAGCACAUGAUGCUUUGUACAAUUUUCUGUGUAUGUGUGUAUAUUAUUGAGAUUUAAACCAUUAUUAUUAUUAUUAUUAUUAUCAUUAUUAUUAUUAUUCCUGCGAGAAGUUUGUUUUACAGCCAAAGCAUGUAACAUGUUGCUUUAAGCCUUUUGAUUGGGCUACACACAAGACUUGACUGUACGAUGUCUAUGUUUCCACAGUGGCCUGUUAUUGAUAUAUUAAAAAAAGAACUAAUAAAGUUAUGAUUUGUAGCCUGAUUCCCUCUGUACAGAUGUCAUGACUAUAUUAAAAUAUAUAAAUACAUACAGUAUAUAUUUAACACAAACUUGAGUUCUAACAAGUCACGUGGAUGCUUGGGGCAUAUAUGUACAAAAUGCUGAGUGUGUAUUGUACUUAUGAUUUUUCAUUUUUUAAUGGUUUUCUUUUGUUGAAUUAAGACAACUGUAUAGUGAUGCAUUAAACUUUGCAAGCAGUACCAUAGAAACACUGUGGCUUUUUUUUUUUUAUUUGA